UGGUGAAAAUGGCUGAAAAUGGAGAUGGUGAAAACAUGUCUAUUUUGGAAAGCAAAAUCUGUCAGCAAAUUGAGUACUAUUUUGGCAAUCACAAUCUACCGAGAGACAAGUUCCUAAAGGAACAGAUCAAGCUAGAUGAUGGCUGGGUGCCUUUAGAAGUAAUGAUCAAAUUCAACAGGUUAAGUCGCCUUUCAAAAGAUUUUAGUGUUAUUGUAGAAGCACUAAGAAAAUCCAAGACUGGUCUAAUGGAAAUAAAUGAAGACAAAACUAAAAUCAGAAGAUCUCCAAACAAACCCCUUCCUGAAUUAAAUGACCAGUAUAAGGCUGCAAUUAAAAACAGAUCUGUAUAUGUUAAAGGCUUUCCACUAGAUGCAACUCUUGAUGAUAUCAAAGAAUGGCUUGAGGAUAAAGGUCCGGUUGAAAACAUUCAAAUGAGGAGAACAUUGCAGAGAACAUUUAAGGGCUCAAUAUUUGCAGUUUUUGAUAGUGUUGAAUCUGCUAAGAAGUUCACGGAGAUCCCAAACCAAAAGUACAAAGACACAGAGCUGAUAGUACUUUUCAAGGAGGAGUAUUGUACAAAGAAGAAUGAAGAAAGGAGACAAAACAAAGUGGAAGCUAAAGCAAGAGCUAAACAGGAAAAAGAAGAAAAACAGAAACAAGCAGCAGAUGCUGAAAUGAAGUCUCUGGAAGAAAAGACAGGAUGUCUUCUGAAGUUUUCUGGUGAUCUAGAUGAUCAAACAUGCAGAGAAGAUCUCCAUGAUGUGUUUUCUGAUCAUGGAGAAAUCAAAUGGAUACACUUUGUCAGAGGUGCGAAGGAGGGAAUUAUCCUAUUUAAGGAUAUUGCGAAAGAAGCUCUGGAAAAAGCCAAAGCAGCACAUAAUGGAAACUUACAGCUUCGGAACAAGGAUGUUACAUGGGAAGUGCUAGAAGGAGAUGCAGAAAAGGAAGCUCUGAAAAAAAUACUGGAAGAUCAGCAAGAAUUGCUGAAACAGAAAACAAAAGGACGCAAAAUAAAAGGAAAAGGAAGAGGGGGAAAGAUACCUCAAGGUGCACACAAAGGGAAAGUACAGUUUCAGGGCAAGAAAAUAAAGUUUGAGAAUGAAGAAGAAGGUGGUGAAGAUGAUACUAAAACAGAACCAGCGAGUCCCAAGAAGAGACCACUAGAGGAAAUGGAAAAGGAAGAACCUGCACCAAAACAACUGAAAACAGAAAAUGGAGAUGGAGAGCAGUAAUACUAAAAUAAAAAUUU